AGCCUAUAUACCUGUAUUAUUUUACAGUCGGAAAUUUGGUUACGCACACUCCAUUGGUGAGCACCGUGUGCGUGCAUGCGCGCGUGUGUGCGCGCGCGCGUGUGUGCCUGUGUGUGUGUGUGUGUGUGUGCGCGCGCGCGUGUGUGCCUGUGUGUGUGUGUGUGCGCGUGUGCCUGUGUGUGUGUGUGUGCGUGUGCCUGAGUGUGUGUGUGCGUGUGUGUGAGACUCUCUCACUCUGGCGGCUGCGAGACACUGAUCAGCCACGCAUCCUGAGAAAGCGCACACGCGUCCUGACCUGUGAUCAUGCAUCUCCGACAUGAGUGUGUUUGAACAUUUCAGUAAGCCUUAAUAUUGGCUAGAAUGUCCAUAAAGACGAUGCCAGUCCCGCAGACCCUGAUGGUAACCCUAAACAAUCCAGAUGAUCACAGUAGUGUUUCAGUGACUCAGGAUGACCAUCUCUCCAGGUUGAAGGCUUUGGCUGAGAAGCUACACCUUGAGACAAAGAGGCCUUCACAUAUGGAGUGGAGGUUUCAGCUAGAGAGCCAGAGAACCAAAGCUCUGGAGACCUCUGUGGCUGUUAAAGAAGGACAGAUACGAUCCUGGAGUUCUGUGAAGUGGACAAAAUCAUCAUUGGACUUUCCUGUAAACAAACUCCAAAGGCAUCCACCUGAGAGACUGAAAGGGUUUGGAAGCAUUACUGAGACACUGGAAUGGCUUAGAAAAGAGUUGAGGGAGAUGCAUGUACAGGACCAGCAGCUAGCUCUCCAGCUUAUGCGUCUACACGGUGAUCUUAACAAGCUCAAAAUUGAGCAGGCAUGUAAACAGCAUCGGAAGAUGUUAAAUGAUGCUACGUUUGAACUGGAGGAGCGCUAUGAGAUGUUAGACCUGCUUUGUGAUGUCCCUGUCACCUCUGGAUUCGGCCUCUCUGCACCACUCAAGCUCAUUGGCAUCACGAAGAUGAACAUCAGCUCCCGUCGCUUCUCCCUAUGCUAAUCACUCUGAAAAGACUGAGUAUAGAAGUAUGGCAGAUUUAAUUACAAGCAAAAAAUGUGUGCUUAAAAUGCAUUUAACAUGCUUCAUCUUAAGUGAUUCUGUUCAUGGUUUAUUUCAUUAUUAAUGUAGCACAUAAGAGCAGUAUGGUGAUACAAUGGGUAGCAUUGCUGGCUCACAGCUCCAGGAACCUGGGCUCAAUCCUGAGCUCCCUUACUGUCUGUGCGGAGUUUUGCAUAUUUCAUGCCAUAUUCUAAUAGGUUUCCUCUGUGUUCUCCGGUUUUCCUCCCACUGUCCGAAAAUAAUGCAGGUAGGCAGAUUGCCUAUGCUAAAUUGCCCCUAGAGUGUGAAUAAGUGUGUGAAUAUGUGUGUGCAAGGUUUCCUGCAAUGGACUAGCAUCCCAACUGGGGUAAAUUCUCUCACCUUGUGCCCAGUGUUACCAGGAUAGGCUCUGACACUAGGAUAAAAAGACUACUGAAAGUCAGUGUGAGUGAGUGAGUGAGUGUGGCAGAUCCAAAAUAUAUUUUUAUAACUAUUUGUACAAAGAUUUUGGAGCGAGGCUGUGGGGAUUUGUGCUCAUUCAGCCACAAGACCAUUAGUGAGGUCAGGCCCUGAUGUUGGACAAGAAGGCCUGGGGCGCAGUCGCUGUUCCAGUUCAUUCCAAAGGUGUUCAGUGGGGUUGAGGUCAGGGCUCUGUGCAGGCCAAGUUUGUAAUUUUAAUUUCUAAUUAAAACUCUAAAUUAUAGGGGAUAUUUUAAGACACUGAUGACUAAUGAGACUAAUUAUCUAAUGACACUGAUUAUCUAAUGAUUAAUUGAAUUUAAGUGCAGCAUUGCUGGUACGUACUUUGUAUUUCUGGUGCUACCUGUAUAAACUGACAUAUUUCUUUGUACAACAGUUUAUGGUGCAUGUUAUGUCAACUGAGACACAGCUCCUGUUGUCUAAUUUCUGGUUUUCUUCACCGCUCCAGUUCUUCCCUGUGCACAAUGUUUUCAUCGUCAGUCUUGUAUGAGCCAACCAUAUUCACCUGAAGAGUCUUUUAUUAGAUGUUAAAAUGCUUUAUUUAAACCCCAUAGGCAAUAGCACAGUACAGUAGAUUUACAUGAUGCCCACUGUAAGAUUCAUUAUUUGUUAGAUAUUUCAUGUAUGUGAAAUAGUGACACUAAACAUGGCUAGUCAACUACAUCUGAGAAAACCUAAACUGAGUUAAAUGAAAAUGAUAAAAUAUUUUGUCAUUUAGAGAUUUAUGGAACUGAAUUACUUAGAAAAGGCAUAUUCAUGCAAAUCAUAUUGAAUUAAUCAAGUAUAAACUUAGCUGAUGAGUUAUAACCUUUGUAGGAUCUUGGAGAUAAAGAUAAGGUUUGAAAUUGGCCCGUAUUUUGAUACCUGACAUGGGUUAAGGUAGGUUUUUUAAAUCAGUGCUUAGAUAAUUGCUAGGUUAGAAGGUUUAUGUGCAUAGCCAAAGUAAAGGGGUGAUUUGACAAUUUUAACAGACGCCUGAUUGCUUCUAAUAGUAGCAAUCAAUUCUAGUAGUUGUUUAGGAAAAUGUGUAAGUAUCACUAGUUUCACAGCCAGCCGCAGACUUUCACUUCACAGAGAUACAUGAUAACAGAUGCUCAGUCGAGGGUUACGUUCCUCACAGAGUUGCAUUAAAAAUCGUUUUAAACAAAAAUCAUGUUGUUUUAUGAAUAUGAAUUAUUUGGUUUAUUGAAUUAAUGUCUCCCUUUCUUUAUUCAAUAGAAAUCAAUGUUAGUAAAAAAAAAAGUCUUGGAAGUCUAACCAGUGACAUACAUGACUAAUCAACUUUUGAUGAGAUAGUGUAUUUUAUGUCCAUCACUGAUUUUUAUAUUAAUUUUAAACACAGUACAUGAAUGCUCCAACACUGGGAAAAUGUGAGAUUUGGUUCUACUUUGAAGCCUCUCUGACGAAACACUAUACCUAACGAAACACUCUGUUGUAAAUAUAGAUGCAUGCAUUGCAAAACCACAAGUAAAACAAUGCCACCAUCUAACGGCCACAAAAGACAACGGCUGAUUUAAACCGCAGUGUUUCCCAAUCUACUAAAUCUAUUCUGUAGAUGAGAAUGAAAUAUAAUACAUAUUGUAAAUUGAAACGUCUGUCAUUAUGAGUGAUUGAAACAAAUGCCUCUCACAUCUGUAAGAAAAUGAAAUGUUUAUUUAUUUUUUUGUCACAUUUUCAUGUAUUAAAAGGACAAAGAUACAAAA